GUAAAAGAGGGUGACUCUGAAUAUUUCCCAGCGACAUAUGCCUGUUGCGAACGAGAUGACUAUAUUCUAACGCAAGCGCCCACAAAAGAAAACUACCAAGACUUCUGGCGAAUGGUUUGGAGGGAUGGCUGUAAAAUUUGUGUUUCAUUGAGUGAGAAAGUAAGCGAUACCGAUGCAACGUUAUGCUAUCCGUACUGGCCUAUGAAAGAAGGCGAGAAGAUGGUAACAGGAGGAAAUCGAUUUGUGAUAGAAUGUCAGAAGAAAAGUGAUUGCAAAGGAUACUCUAUCUAUGAUCUCCAGCUAUCAAGUACAGACCCUGCAUUAGAUACAAGCGCGAGUAAAUUAUCAUCACCGAAGGAUGAACAGGACGAAGAACUUAGCGGGAAGAAAAGCAGACCGCUAACUCUCAUGCACUAUGAGUCAUGGUCGGCAGACACUUGGCCAGAUCUCGACACACUUGGACAAUUUGUGCAAGCACUUUCCCAUCGAGAAAUUCAAGUCAUGAGAAAAUCGUUGGACAACUACAUUCCACCUGUGGUGAUUCAGAGUUAUGAUGGCCUCGGCAGCCGCAACUGCUCGUAUAGAGCUCCUGUAAUCUGGGUGUCCACUAUUUUGAUGAAGGAUAUAGAAAAAAAGGAGUGCUUCGAUGUGGAGGACCUUGCUAAGAAAUGCGCUAGGAUUAGGCCUGGUGCAUUCUACAAGAAAGUUCACUUUUGCGUAGUGAUAGCCUUGGCAUUUCGGCUUUCUUCAUUAGGUGGAUGGAGCACUCUUGCAGAUGCACGCAAAAAAAUUAACGACAUACAGCAGGCUUAUGAAGCAAGUUUGAAAUCCUAA